AUGAGUCUUCUCCUGCUGUUGCUGCUGCUGCUACUCAAGUCACAGCUCUCGAGCCUUCUUCCGCUGAUGAUCAGCACUUGGAACUACACGGAUGCCAAUCGCGAGGCAUGGCUCGUGCUCCGAACAGGUUCCCUGCGUACGCGUCAGGCAGUGAUUCAAGGCUGCCUGCACUGCCAGUUUGCGGACAAUUGUGGCCGCCUUCUUGGCGGUGCAUCUGCUCCCGAUAGUUCUGGCGGGAUCAGCCUGGAAGCGGCUCUAUGUCAGCCAAACUUCUGGCGGAAUGUGCGUCCGCUGGCCAAUGCCAGUUGCGGCAAGUACACGCCGCUGCCCCAUGAGAAGCACCAGCGGGAGAUGCGUCAGGAGUAUCCCAUCGAGCAGGGUCAUCACGAUCAGGUGGGUUUUCUGGCCCUCGACACGAAAGGUUACAUCCAUGCGGCCAGCCUCUCGAGCGGAGUUCGUUUCCGCAUUCCCGGCCGAGUGGGCGAUGCUGCUGUGCCCGGGGCCGGCAUCUAUGCCGACAAUAAAGUGGGUGGCGCACUGGCCACCGGAGAUGGCGAUGUUCUGAUGCGAUUUUUGCCCGCUCUGCUGGCCGUUGAGGCACUUCUUACCGGACAGUCACCGGCCGAAGCCCACACGGAGUUCAAUGGUGGCCUGGUGGUGGUCAGCCGUUGGUGCAUCUACGCGGCCAGCUGUGCCGGACUGGAUGAGUUCCAGUUUGUGGUUAGCGGAGAGGGGAGUGUCAGCUACAUGCCAAGAGUGAAAAUAAUCAAAUGCUUGGUGGACCGAGGGGUAAUUUCUAUUUAGCACCCAAGAAGAUAGUGAUGACAGGGAGGGAGGAUGUCGCUGUGCAGCGAGUGAAGUGAGUAAAGCUUAAGGAAGAGAUGGACUUCAUAGAGUU